CGGGGCGUGGCUAGGGUUCGGGAGGCGUGCCGCCGGCGCUGCGCGAGCAGACAACGGAAAGCCGGCGGCCUGACUGGCCGAGCGCAGGCGCCGUCAUCACCACUGCUGAUUCGGCCGAGAACUCGUCCCCUCCCUUGAACCCUUACCGGCGACGGUCAGUUCAGCGUCAGCCAGAGUCCGUGAAGCCCCAGCUCGCUUUACUGCUUCUGUCCGCCCCUCACACACUGAUGACCUAGUCUCUGAUGUCGCAAUGGAGCUUUUCAGCUGUUCGAGUACAUCUGACCGCUGGCGGUACCCCGGCGGUCUCGCGCGGCACCCACACCCCGAAUGUACUGGCCCUGCUUCUGCUACCGGUCCUCUGCCUUGUCGGACUCAUCGGCAACGCCAUGGUCUGCAUUGCGAUCGCAACCGACCGCCGUCUUCAUAACGUCACCAACUACUUCCUCUUCUCACUUGCACUCGCCGAUCUGCUCGUCUGCUUAAUUGUAAUGCCGUUGAGUAUCGUCGUCGAAGUGAAGCACGGAGUCUGGACAUGGAACGUGUCGCUGUGUCUGCUCUACGUGUAUUCAGAUGUAUUUCUCUGUAGCGCUAGUAUCGUGCACAUGUCAGUGAUCUCGCUGGAUCGGUAUCUCGGCAUAUCGCAACCCCUUCGGACGCGUAACAAGUCCAAAACCAUGAUCAUAGUGAAGAUCUCACUCGUGUGGAUAAUAACACUGAUCGUCUCCUGCCCGAUAGCAGUGCUCGCCUCGUAUGAUCACUCAAACAUUCUGCAGAACAAUUCCUGUAUGAUAUUCAGCCGCCACUAUAUCAUUUACGGCUCAACAUUGUUAUUUUUGAUUCCAUUUUGUGUGAUGUUCGUCACUUACUUGCGCACAACCACGCUGCUCAACAAGCAGGCGGCGAUCCUGAGUCAAAAAGCGAACGAUAAGUUGCACGGCAACGGUCUACGGCGCACACUGCCGCACCGUAAACUCGGUCACGUGCGAACGAACUCGUCCUCGACAGCCACGUUCACCAGCAGCACCUUCAAGUCGAGCCUUAACGGCCCGAAGACCAGUACGGUCAGUUACUCGAACGGCUACCAUAACUCAAUCGUCGAGCUGGAAGCGCAAGCACGUAAGGGGAAAAACUCCGGUGUACUUAACCAUAAAUCACUCGCUAAACGAUCCACCAUUAAUCGUUGGAAAUCGAGAACUUCCAGCUACUUAUCGAACAUUGCGUUAAGGGUUGGACGACGGAACUCCUUGCAGGCGGCCAGCCAGGAGCUGGCGAACGAGCACAAGGCGACGCGCGUGCUGGCCGUGGUGUUCAUCUGCUUCUUCAUCUGCUGGACGCCGUUCUUCGUGGCCAACUUCAUCGUCGGCUUUUGUGGCUCGCUGUGCUCGGUGCCGGGCUGGCUCGGCUCCGUAUUCCUCUGGCUGGGCUACAUCUCCAGCACCGUGAACCCCAUCAUCUACACCGUGUUCAACAAGCGCUUCCGCCAGGCCUUCGUGCGGAUCCUGCGCUGCCAGUGCUGCCAUGCCGUGCGCGACCCGUCGUCGUUCUACUCGCGUAACUACACCACCAUUGCACCGGACAAUUUCACAUGUUCAAACCACGAUCGGGAUCGGCAAAUGUCCGCAAAUUGUCGUGAUGACUCGAGUGGUAGCGUACGUCUCGAGAGUGGUCGAUGUAGACGGCAGGACAGCUGCAUGGAUGAAAGCAAAAAGAUAUCGCUACCAAAUAUGCAGCUCACAAGCGAAACGACGCCAUUGCGCGACUCGCGAGCGACAACCGAAGAAGCCAGCGACGAAGAUGCUUCGAACGAGCAACGUCCAUUGCUUCCUCAACCGCGAAUCGGGACAAUGCGAAGAUCGCUCACAGCAUUGCUCAACACGUCUACAACGUCCACUUUUACGAAAUCCAUUUCAUGCGCGGAAUGCCGUCGUGCGGAAGCGUUCGAUCCGUCGGACACCGACGAUACGAUGACAUCGUCGACUACCAGCUGCCCUCGACAUUUGACACUUUUCUCGUCCACAUUCGGUAAAUCAGUCAAAGAGACAUUUCUAUGAGUGUUCACUAUGAGCUAUGAGUCAUGUUACGAGUUGUUUGUGCUCUUUUCCACCUCGUGAGUUGUCAUAACGGUGCAUAAUGAUUAGAAUGUGCUGAGUGACUUGGUUCGCUCGAUUUGAUAAUACGUGUAUCUCUAUAUCUGCGGUUGUUCAUUGCAAUUGAUUUAUAUGUACAGCUCUAAUCAUGAAAAUUUCGAAG